AUAUGUAUUAUUUAAUGUUUCCGCAGUUAUGAGUGCCUCCUCUAUUUCAAGUCAAUUGUCUGCUAUUGAAACUUUGACUGGAAAUAAUUAUGUGAGAUGGAAAAGAGAUGUAGAAAUUGCGCUUGGUCUUUUGGGUUUGGAUUUUGCCUUGGAAGAGCAGCCUUCAAAACCUACUGAUAAGAGCACUGCUGAAUAUGUGGUUGAGUAUCAAAAGUGGGAAAGAGCUAACAGGCUUUGUUUAAAAAUCAUCAAACGUUCUAUAUCUGAUUCCAUUAUGGGAGCUAUUCCGGACAAUGACAAUGCUAAAAACUUUUUAGGUGCCAUAGGACAAAGGUUUAUUGAAUCUGAUAAAGCUGAAACUGGAGACCUGAUGGAUAGACUGAUGAGUAUGAAAUAUGAUGGUUCAAGUAGAGUUAGGGAAUACAUUAUGAAGAUGAUACAUAUAUCCUCCAAAUUAGAAGCCCUUAAAAUUCCCAUUGCAGACCCUUUUCUAGUGUAUCAUGUUUUCAAUAGCCUUCCUAGCCAGUUCAAUCAGUUAAAGGUUGCUUAUAAUGCUCAGCGGGAUAAAUGGGAUUUAAAUGAUUUGAUUGUGGUAUGUGCCCAAGAGGAGUGUAGGAUGCGUCGUGAAACUGUUGAAACUGUGCAAUUAGCUUUUCAGCCACAACAAAACAAGGGGUCUUCUCAUAAUCAUAAGUCUAAAUUUCAAAAAGGUUAUAAGUCACACCGAAAUGAGCACAAUAAAAGAUUUGGAGGUCAGACUUCUGGUGGUUCUAAAGAAAUUAUAAUGAAUAGUGAUCAGUGUAAGUUUUGUAAAAAGAAAGGUCAUUGGCAAAAAGGAUUGUUUUAAGUUUAAGACAUGGCUAGAGAAAAAGAAGAAGAAGAACUUGACAGGGGUUCGUAAGCAAAAGGAGGCCAAGUGAGAAUGAAGUGAACUUGUGUGUUGGGAAUGGAGUUCAUGUGAAGGUCGAGUUUAUAGGAGUAGUAAAGUUAUAUUUAGAUUCUGGUUUUUCUCUUGUUUUGGAGAACACAGUUUUUGUACCCACAAUGAGACGAAAUUUGAUUUCUAUAUCAAAACUUGAUAAUUCUGGUUUUUCAUUUAAGUUUGGUAAUGGAAAAGUUGAAUUGUUUUAUGAUUAUCGUCUGGUUGGAAA